AUGGAAGCGGAGGACGACGGCCGCCGAAGGUCCAACGUCUGGACGGAGGCGAGCGAAAAUGGCCAAGUCAAGUGUCUUCGAGGUUCAACAGAGAUAUCCAACCCCAAAGCGCACAAACUGGAGAACCACUUGAUGCACUAUAAGGAUUACACAUUGGUGAAGAAGAAGAAGAGCGAAAAUUCGCUGUCAUUGAGCAGCCGCCAAGUUUCCGUUGUUUGGUCACUAGGGGGAUUUGGAAGCGCGGACGAAAUCGAUGCCGACUUCAUUGAAGAUGGAUUGCUGAUGUGGUAG